AAUUGUCCUAAACUUGUCCCUCCUCUAUUUAUUAUAACACACCUAUCACUUAACAAACAUAAUUAACUUCACCCGCUCCAUCACAUGGAAACUCCAAUCACUCUCUUCGCUCUCUUCUUCCUUCUCACCUUUUGCUUCGCCGCAACCAUUAAAGCUGAAGAUUGUGUGUACACGGUGUACGUUAGAACCGGGUCAAUAAUCAAAGGCGGAACAGACUCGAUCAUCGGGCUCAAGCUAUACGAUGCAUCCGGUUACGGAAUCUACAUCAAGGAUCUUGAAGCAUGGGGCGGGUUAAUGGGUUCGGGUUACAACUACUUUGAGCGUGGCAACCUUGAUAUAUUCAGUGGCAGGGGUCCUUGUUUGGAGGGACCCGUUUGUGCGAUCAACGUGACUUCUGACGGGUCGGGUCCUCAUCACGGGUGGUAUGUUAAUUAUGUUGAGGUUACCUCAACUGGGGUUCAUACGCCUUGCGCUCAGGAACAAUUCACGGUGGAACAGUGGUUGGCGACGGAUACGUCGCCGUAUGAGCUUUCGGCUGUUAGGAAUUACUGUAAGUAUGAUUUGAGCCAGGCCCGGACUGAAUUGAAGGUCAUUGAGGCUGUAAGAUCCGGGUCUGGGUCUGGGCUUGGGCCUGAUUACUCUAUUUUGGGCUCUGUGGCCCGAGCCUAGAUGAGACCAUAGAUCUAGAGGGGGUUAGUUAAUAAUGGUAUUGUAUGUUUUAUUGUUAGUGUUGUUGGGAUGCUUUUGGUUGAAUUUAUUAUACUUGGAUUGGUUACAUCAAGGGCGUUUGGAGUUUUCGGUUGUCGUUUAUGUGAAAAUGAUGCAUUAGGAAAACUUUAUGCGCAUAAAGUUUCAGAAAUAAAAAAUUUGGUUUUUUUUU